AUGGCCAAUUCCAAAUACGAAUAUGUCAAGUUAUUUGAAAAGGAGAAUUAUUUGUUACCAGAUACAUAUAUAGUAAUAAGAGUUGAUGGGAAAGGUUUCCACAAAUUCUCACAGUUUUACCAAUUCGAGAAGCCGAAUGAUUUAAAGGCACUUCAAGUGAUGAACCUGGCUGCAGAAAAAAUAAUGAGUAAAUAUAGCGAUGUUAUGCUAGCAUAUGGAGACUCAGAUGAGUAUUCUUUUUUGUUGCGUAAGAAUUGUCAAUUGUAUGAAAGGCGGGAAAUGAAGCUCACUACAUUAUUUGCAUCACUAAUGUCAACUUAUUACAUGUAUUUUUGGCAGCAACACUUCCCCGAUAAACCAUUGGAUAUAGAUCAUUUACCCAAUUUUGACGCAAGGGCCGUACUAUAUCCAGAUUUUAAGCAUAUCAGGAACUACUUUAGUUGGAGGCAGGUCGAUUGUCAUAUCAAUAAUUUGUAUAAUACUACUUUUUGGAACUUGGUGUUAAAGUUGAAAAUGACACCCCAGGAAGCAGAACAAAGACUCAUGGGUACAGUAGCAUCUGACAAGAACGAGAUACUAUUCAAAGAAUGUGGUAUCAAUUACAACAACGAGUUGGAGAUGUUUAAAAAAGGUACUAUCAUUGUGAGAGAGUUUGAGAAUUACGAGAUUGAAGAUGAGACAGGGCUAUCUAAGAGACAAGCACAGAGAUUGGAAAAGAAAAGAAAGAAGGCCGACCUUAAAACCUAUCAUGUUGAUAUUAUCAACGACAAUUCCUGGUGGGAUAAUAGGCCAUGGUUAAGAGAUUAG